GCAUACGCUGUUAUUAUGCCUGCUUUGGCUGCUGCUGUUUACUUAUGUUGUUAUUGCUUACUUAUGCUGCUGUGGUAUAUUUAUGUUGCCGUUGCUUCUUGCUGUUGUUCACUUAUGCUGAUAUGCUGUAUUAUGUUAAGAUAUGCUCACGUUGUAGGAACGCAAAAGUCUCCAAGGCCUGAAACAAAGAUUCUCUUUCAGUCCCCAUUGCCCACUAUUCGCUUGGAACUAUAUUAUUUAAGGACACCUCUCUUCCACAAUCUUUUUCUCCAUGAAGAAGUAGAGUCAAUCAAAAUGCCUUCUUCCCUCCUGCAUCAAAUUGCAACUUUUCUUCUCCUCCUCUGUUUUCUGAGGACUUCUUCUGCAGUGCUGUUCUCCUCCCUGCACCAGGCUCUCAUAGUCACUGCAUCACCAAGACCAGGCCAAGUGUUGUAUGCCGGCGUGGAUCAGAUCAGAGUGAGCUGGGCUCUUAACGGGAGCCUCCCCGCCGGCACCGGCGCGGCCUACGCAAAGGUGAAGAUAAGCCUGUGCUACGCGCCGGUGAGCCAGGUCGACCGCAGGUGGCGCAAGACCCGAGACGACCUCAAGAAGGACAAGACGUGUCCGUUCAAGAUCACCACCACGCCCUACGCCUCCGUCGGCGGCUCCUACGACUACGCCGUGGAGCGGAGCAUCCCCACGGCGACCUACUUCGUGAGGGCCUACGCGCUCGACUCCUCCGACGUCGAGGUCGCCUACGGGCAGACCACCGAUGCCAAGAAAACCACCAACCUGUUCCACAUCAUCGGGAUCUCCGGCCGGCACGCGUCGCUGGAUAUAGCUGCUGCAUGCUUCUCGGCCUUCUCCGUUCUCGCGCUUACUUUCUUCCUAGUGGCUGAGAAGAGGAAGGCCAAGCAAUGAGAAAGGUCAAAGUUUUCAUAAGAGCUUCGUCCUCGAUUGAAAAAAGUUAGCCGAGGAAGAUGAAGAUCGAAGAGCACAGCCGACUUUAGUAGAAUCGGAGGCUCAAUUCUGUCAAUCCCUGUGCAAGAAAAAAUUAUUAUUAAAAAUAAAAUAAUUCAGGAAUAUGUAUUUAUCUA